UAUCCUGUCGCGUCUCCUCGGUCACGACAUCGGUCUCGUUGGCCGCCAGCAGGGAGGCGUACGAAUGGUAGAUCCGCGGGGAGCGGACGAAGUCGAUCUUCGUCCCAUACGGCGCGGCCAGGGCGUGGAUCACUUGCUCGAACACCUCGGCCAGCUCCGGGCCUGUGCCCGCACCGACGGCAAGUCCCACCAGAAGGGAUGACAUGGCUGACAUGAUGUUGGGCUGUGGGUGGCUUUGUCCCGGUUGAGUCCCUCCGUGUUUUUCUUCGGAGAGGGGGGCGGAAUUUAUGGUGUUCCAGGCGGUUUGUCAGGCUUACUACGGACUGAUAGUGGGUUCCCACAUAUCGCCGAGUAGUACUAGUAGUUUGGCCUCCACUUUCCUGAGAAGGAUCGAUGGACCGGUCAUAUAUCCCUAUCGUGUCACCCACUUCCGGUGCACUCCAUUAACAAGUCAAGUCAGAUACCCCCGACCACUCCAGCCCAGCCAUGACCGGGUCUACUCCAGCGGCGGGCUUUCAUCUCACCGACGGCAAAGGGUACAGCCUAGGCCAGGAUUCCCCGGCCGUGUGCCGCCUGAACCUGCAGAUCUUCCUGUGGAAGGCCUCACUGGGAUUCACCCUGCAUCCCUCGAUCCCCGUCCCCACCACCGGCCGGAUUGCCGACGUGGCCACGGGCACGGCGCUGUGGUUGACCGAGUUGGCGCAGACCCUGCCGGCCGACGCCGACGUGGCCCUGGACGGGCUGGACCUGGAUCUCAGCAAGGCGCCGCCCCGCCCCUGGCUGCCCGCCAACGUGCACCUGCACCAGGCUGACAUUCUGGCCCCCUUGCCGGACCCUCUGGUCGGACAAUACGAGGUGGUGCAUCUCCGCCUGCUCAUCCUGGUGGUGGAGAACAGCGAUCCCACCCCAAUCAUCCGCUACGCCCACCGCAUGCUCAAACCGGGUGGUUACAUCCAGUGGGACGACCUCAACUACCCCGACACCCACGUCCGUCGCAUCGAUCCCACGCAUGCCACCCCCGCCUUCGACCGCUUGCGCGAGUUUGUCUAUUCCAAGGGCCGCCACGACUGGGUCAUGCGGCUGGACGAGAUUCUCACCCGCGAGGGCUUCGUCGACGCCCACCUGCACCACUUCACCGAUCGCCGGGACUUGAUCAUGGCCAACGGCCACCAACAUCUGAUGACCAUGCUGGAGUUCGCCGGCAGUCUCAAGGCCAAGGGCAUGGCACCGGAGGCCCGCGAUCUGGAGGCGCUCUUGGCCGAGGUCAGCGUCGAGGCUGCCCGGGGAGCAGCGCUCUCGAUGCCCCGCGUGGUCUGUGUCGCGCGCAAGCCCUAACCCCCCUCCUCCCCCUUGUUUAUGUUCAACCCAGAAUAGAAGCGUUCAAUACCC